AUGCCUCAUUUUAGAAUUGAAACCAAUGUACCAAAAUCUAAAAUACCACAAGAUUUUGUGAAUAAAACAGUACCAGUUUUGGCUAAGGCACUUGGGAAACCACAACAGUACUGUGUAGUUUCUGUUAUCCCGGAUGUACCAAUGAGUUUUGGAGGUAGUAGUGAUCCUUGUGCCAUCGCAAAUCUCAUGUCAAUUGGUGCACUUGGAGUUGAACAAAAUAAGAAACAUGCAAAGAUCUUAUUUGAACUUGUGGAAAAAGAAUUAGGAGUGGCACAAGACAGGAUGUAUAUAACAUUUCAAGAUGAACCUACAGGAAAUGUUGGAUUCAAGGGUACUACUUUCCAUGCCAUAUUUGGU